GUUCUUCGCAGUUCUAAGAUAAUAACAAACCACAAAUUGUUGUUUAGUUGUACUCAACUGGUUAAUAAUAUCGUGAACAAUGUCUAUACGUGGGACAUCUACUGGUAACGCAAUAGGCAAACUGGUGUCAUUUAGUAUCCUAAUGGUAAUCUUACCCAUCGUCGUCUAUUUCACUUCAAAAAAGUACAUAUUUGAUGACUGGCUGAAUUCAGCCCCACCCUUGAACUCUAUCUACCCAGCAAUCUGUGCAAUCCUCGCUGUCAACGCGGUAUUGGCUGCAUUUGUGUACGUCGCAUUUAUCGAGAAAGACGACCUGAAAGUGCAGAAGGAGCAGUAGAUUGCUAGUGACGUGGAUACGCAAACAUUUCAUCACUCGAUAAGCUGGUGAUAAGCUGGUGAUAAGCUUUCUCAAGUUCCAACAAAUCUACCUGAUAAGUCCCUGAAGACAUAUCACUUCAGUCGUGGAAUUAUCUGCAAGACACCGCUAACGCAAGAUGGCAGACGUACCAGACAAUGCCCCGGAGCACUGCCCAGGUACAAGCAGCGAAGCAGCCGGGAAGGCGCCCUCUUGUGAGGGGUGUCCGAACCAGAACGUGUGUGCGUCCGGCGCGGCGGCCGCUCCUGACCCGGACGUUGAGCUCGUGCGUGAGCGCAUGGCGUCCGUCCGCCACAAGCUGCUCGUUCUCUCCGGCAAGGGCGGCGUCGGCAAGAGCACGGUCGCCGCGCACCUCGCACGCGCGCUCGCCGACGGCCGCGACGACCGCCAGGUGGCACUGCUCGACGUGGACGUGUGCGGGCCGUCGGCGCCGCGCAUUCUCGGCGUCGAGGGCGAGCAGGUGCACCAGAGCGGCUCGGGCUGGUCGCCCGUCUACGUGACGGACAACCUCUCCGUGAUGUCGGUCGGCUUCCUUCUCGCGCGCGCCGACGACGCGGUGAUAUGGCGUGGGCCGAAGAAGAACGGCAUCAUCAAACAGUUCCUCCGCGACGUCGACUGGGGGGAGGUGGACUUCCUUGUCGUCGACACGCCGCCGGGCACCUCCGACGAGCACAUCUCGCUCGUGCAGUACCUCCGCGGCAGCGAGGUCGACGGCGCCGUCGUCGUGACGACGCCACAGGAGGUCGCGCUGCUCGACGUGCGCAAGGAGAUCAACUUCUGCCGCAAGGUGGCGCUGCCGAUCAUCGGCGUCGUCGAGAACAUGAGCCGGUUUGUGUGCCCCAAGUGCGAGACGGAGUCGCAGAUCUUUCCUCCGACGACGGGAGGCGCGGCGAAGAUGUGCGCUGAUAUGGGCGUGCCGUUUCUCGGGGCACUCCCUCUCGAUCCGCGCAUCGGUCGUUGCUGCGAUGAGGGCAAGUCGUUUCUUACUGAAGCGCCUGACUCUCCGGCCACUGCGGCCUACAUGCAGAUCGUGGAUAAGAUUCUGUCAUACUGCAAGAGCAAGUGAGGAUGAACGACAAGUAUAGGUGCGGGAGAGCGAUGUUGAUACGUGUGUGCAAACAAUGGGGAGUGAAUUCAGGAUGUUUCUGCUCAUGAGAAUCACUAUCAAUGCAUGAGGCAUUUUUGUUGCAUGAACAUUGGCUAUUUUUUGGAGCAUCUACAAUCUGAAUGAAAGUGAUAACAAAAUGUGUCCUUGUAAUAUCCAUUGUGUUAGCUUACGCAAGAUUAUAUACUCAAUACAUGGUCAUGUGUUUUCAUUAUUAUGAUUUCAUCUGUUCACAGAUAAAUUGUGGGUAAAAUUUAAAAAUAAAUCAUAAGCUGCGUUCACACGAGGAGUUUAGUUGCGUUCACACGCUAAAAUAUACGCGGC